GGCGGCAGUUCCGUGCGGAACGGGCCCGGCCGCGCCAUGGCGGAGCCGCGGCUGCAGCCCGAGCUCGCCCGGCAGCUCUUCUUCGAGGGCGCGGCCGUGCUGGCGCUGGGCGUCCCCGAGGGCACCGAGUUCGGCAUCGACUGCAGCUCCUGGGCCGUGGGCCCCAAGUUCCGCGGCGUCAAGAUGGUGCCGCCGGGGCUGCACUUCGUGCACUGCAGCGCGGCGCGGGCGCGGGGCGGCCGGGAGACGGGGCCGCGCACCGGGCUGUUCCUGGCGCUGCGGCCGCGGGAGCUGCGGGUGCUGCGCUGGGACGCCGGCGCCGAGGCGCUGGAGCCCGCGGCCGAGGCCGAGGCGUCGCGGGAGAGCCUGGCGGCCAUGGACCCGUUCCUCGGGCCGUACCCGUACGAGACGCUGCGGCGCUGGGUGUCCCUCUCCGGCUUCAUCAGCGAGGCGGCGGCCGAGGCGCUGCAGCCGGAGAGCGGCCGCGUCUGCGCCUUCGCCGAGGUGCUGCCGGCCGAGCCCGCGCCGCUCGGCAGCGAUCGCGCCGCCGCGGGCGCCGAGUGCCGCAGCUACGCCGAGGGCCUGGCGCGGCUGCCCCGCAUGGCGCCCCGCGCCGCCACCCGCAUCAGGUUCUCGGAGCUGCCCGCGCGGACCUACCCCGCCGGCGCCAGCCCGCAGGAGAUCACGCGGCACAGCAUGGACCUGAGCUACGCGCUGGAGCAGCUGAUGGCGCGGCGCUACCCCGGCCGGCCGCUGGAGCUGCUGGCUGAGCUGCAGUUUGCCUUCGUCUGCUUCCUCAUCGGGAACGUGUACGACGCGUUUGAGCACUGGAAGCAGCUCCUGAACAUCCUGUGCCGGGCUGAGGAGGCCAUGGGCAAGUAUCAGGAGCUCUACACCAACCUGAUUUCUGUGCUGUAUCACCAGCUGAAUGAGAUCCCAGCUGACUUUUUUGUGGACAUUGUCUCCCAGGACAACUUUUUAACCAGCACCUUGCAGGUGUUUUUUUCCUGCACAUGCAGUGCUGCUGUUGAUGGGGCCCUGAGGAAAAAGGCUGAGAAGUUCAAGGCUCACCUAACGAAGAAGUUCAAGUGGGACUUUGAGGCCGAGCCCGACGACUGCGCGCCCGUGCUGGUGGAGCUGCCCGAGGGGGUGCAGGUGGACUAAGCAAAGUGCUCACCUAGGAACUGACAGCUUGCUGAAAUAACCCCCCCUCCACAUCUUCCCCAACCCUGCCAGCUUCCUGAGGCCUGUGUCUGAAGGUGACUCCUCUUUCUGCCGUAGAAGCAGCUGUGGUAGACCCCACAGGGCUCCUGACUGCAGCGAGCUCCCGGAGGAGCUGGGCUGUUGGUCACCCGCCUGCUUUGGACACCUGGGGUUUCUCCCUGGCCCCACUGCAGCAUCUCCUCACUCUGUCCUCAGCUGACUUCUGGUCCCUUGCAUCCUCCUGGGCUGGAGGUGACAGCCAGCUUGGAGAGCAGCUGUGGUUUACACUCGAGGCCUUUGCUGCUCCAGUGCGAUGCCUGUGGCUGAGCUGUGUAAGUCCACGGGACUGCUCCUGGCAGCUUUUGGGAGCCUGAAGCCAGACUGAGAAGUUCUUCCCAGGCUUGUGUUGCAGGGAUGUAACCACAACAGUUCCAGCACUGUGUUGGAUGCUCAUGCUGCCUGCUGUGAUUCAUUGUUGUGGAGGAUUCAAAGGCACAGCUGAGUUUGUGCCCCUAACACUGAGGCACCUUCCUGUCCCCACUUUGCUAAAGCCUUUUGUGUUUCCUGCUGACCCUCUCUGUAGCCUAGUGAAAAAGAAACUUAACAGUUUGGUGACAAGAAAGAGUUGUUGGACAGGCCUUGAAGAAGAGCCAGCAUGAGAAAAGAGCACUGGAUCCCCUGCUUUGUUAGCACUGGAAAGCUGGUGUGUCCUCCUGUGACAGACUCGUCUUUCUCCCCAUUGCCCACCAGGAGGCUGUAAGAAAACCUGUGGUGCUCAUUGAGGGCUGCACAGGAGCUCAGUCCUGCCCCUCACCUGUGACCUUCCCAGCUGUCAGGCUCCUUCAGGGGUUUGUCUGUGUGCUUGUCUGGCUGGGUCAUGCUCUUGUUGGUCUUUUACAGCUCAAAACAAACCUCAGGCCAGCCUUGCCCCAGAAAACACCUGUAUUAGGGAGUGUUGGCUGGUUAGCCAAAGCUUCUGGUACAGUGACACCACACUCUCUUUCUCAUCAGAGUGCCCAGUAUCUCCAGAAGUGACACCCUGAUGAUGUCUGGCAUCCAAGGGCAGCUCCCAGGGGCACAGGACAUGGAGCCUGCUGAGGGAAGGGGCUGUGUGUGUGUGAGGGGUUCCAGGCAGCCAGGAAGGUGCCAGAGGGAUGGGCUGUGGCAAGCUCUGCUCUCUGCUCCCUGCUGCUACCCCUCUCCUCAGGGCCCUGCACUACAUUGCUCUGCUGUCUUGGCUUGUCCACUUUGAAUGGACUCUGCCUUGAGCACAGGCCCUCAGGGGAGUUUACUCUGCCCUGGCAAGUGGCUUUUUCUUCAGUCUGUCUUUCCAUGCUUUCUGUCCUUAGCACCCUUGAGAUGUUUUGCACAGUAGCUUGGCUGUGCUCUCCCCUUUCCUUCCUGCUCUUUCCUUGUCUCCACAGGCAGUCCUGUGUUUCCAGCUGGACAGAUAACUUGUAAUGAACCAUCCUGGCUUUGAUGGAAGGUGCCUGUUUGGUCUGUGGGCUCUUUGCACCAACCUGAUGAUGGGUUCUGUUGCUUUGGAGCAGAUCAGCAGGUGCUGGUGUGAGCAGUAAACAGUGAGGGUGGCAGGGGACAGAGGGACAGUGCUGUGUGUGCAGCCAGGCAGUGUCAGUGCCUUGCAGGCUGUCCUGGCAGCACUCCCACUGGGUUGAUGUCUUUGUUAAACCUCAAUAAACAGCAGCUGCAAAUUAA